AUGCCACCAUCAAGCAAUCUCUUCCGCGCGGCCCGCCCAGCCUUCCGCGCAAACCAGUUCUUCCGCCCCAACCAAGCCGGCCGCGGCGCCCGCUUCCAGAGCACGACGGCUGAAGCCCCCAACUCCGGUUCCUGGGCGAAGCGCAUGUGGGACAGCCCUGUGGGUGUCAAGACGGUACAUUUCUGGGCCCCCGUGAUGAAAUGGGCACUCGUCAUCGCCGGCAUCUCCGAUCUCGCCCGUCCCGCCGAGAAGCUCUCGCUGACCCAAAACGCGGCCCUCACCUCGACCGGAAUUAUUUGGACUCGCUGGUGCUUGAUCAUCAAGCCCAAGAACUACCUUCUCGCAGCAGUCAACUUCUUCCUCGGCAUGGUCGGCGUCGUCCAGUGCAGCCGUAUCUUCCUGCACCGACAGUCACAAAAGAGUCUGACCGAGCAGGUUGAGACGAAGGUGGAGGAGGCCAAGCAGGCGGUUAACCCAUAA